UACACAUCUUCCCGCUUUUUACUUUUUUUACAAAUUUAAACAAUCAUGGUUUUUGCGAUUAUUUACUAUACGUUUGUACUUCUCUUUGCUGGUCUUACUUAUGCCAGCGUUGAAGGAAGAAUACCUGUGGUACCUCGACUACAGUACCUUGUUGUUCUCGGACUCUCGUUAAUCUCUGAAUGGCCCUUGCCCGUUAUAGUCCUUAAAAUUGUUCUUAUCAACAUAGCCUCAUUGCUAGGGGUUUUCAGAGGAAUUAUUCCACAGCUUUUUUACAUAGUUGAUCUCCUAAAUAUGAUUGGACUCGUCGUCAUUUUCAUUGACGCAGAUGAAGCAAGACGUGCCAUUGAACAAGCCAUUAAGUCAUAUUCAGAUCAAAGAGAAUUACCGUCAUUUACAAGUGAAACUUUCUGGCAAAGAAUGGUGAAUCCGCAUUUUGUUCCUCAAAAUGUUUUCCAAUAUGCCGAUAUUGGUUAUGCUACUCAUUCAGAGAAAUCCGAAGCGACGAAAAAUGAUUUCGAACAAGUAAAUUAUUUAACAUUAGACGUUUAUGCUCGCAAGGAUAUAUCCAGAUCUACUUCAAAACCUGUUUUCAUGUAUAUUCAUGGAGGUGAAUGGAUAAGAGGAGAUAAAGCAUCUCCAUAUCCAUUGAUACGUCACUUGGCUGAAGUUGGUUGGGUUGUUGUAUCUAUAAAUUACAGACUUGCACCAAUAUCUUUCUACCCAUCUCAAUUGAUCGAUGCUAAACGAGCUUUGCGCUGGGUCAAACAAAAUAUCGAACAUUUUGGUGGAGAUCCAAAGUUUAUAGCGGUAGCAGGUGAUGAUGCGGGAGGCCAGAUUGCCGCGGUGCUUGCGCUCACACCAAAUAAGCCAGAAUAUCAACCUGGUUUCGAAAACGUUGACACAUCUGUAAAAGCUUGCGUCUUGAUUAAUGCUAUUACAGACCUUGUAGGCGAACAGAAUUCAUGGAUCUCAGACUACUUUUCAAAGAAAAUUGCAGGACGACAAACGAAAGAUAUUACAUUUUUGAGAGAACAUUCGCCACUACAUCUCAUCAAAGAGGAUUCAGUCCCAUUUUUGGUGUUUCACGGCGAUCGUGAUACAUCAGUACCUUUUAAAUCAUCCAGUAUUUUCGUUGAGGAAUUUAAGAAAAACUGUAAAGCCGAAAUUCAAUUUAUCCCGAUUCCGGGUGGACAUCAUGUAUAUAAUCUUUUCUCUUCGCCUCGGUCACAUUAUCAAGCUAUUGGCGUUGAGCAAUGGUUGAACCACAUCCAUUCCGAAGAAGGAAAUGGUGAUUAUGCAUGGGUAUCGAAAGAACAUGAUUUUUCUGAUUAAUCUAUUUAUUUGUUUGAACUUUUUUUCUUUUAUUUUAUAUAUACAAAAUCAAUGUACAAUGUCAACUUUUUUUGCUAAUAUAACUUAUAAAGCAUAAAAUAAUUU